UCUGCAUCGGCGAAGGGAGGAUAGUGUGUUUAUGAUAAUAAUUAUUGGGAUCAUUGCAAUUCCACCAUCAACCAUCACGACACCAGAUCUGCAGCGCAGAUGACCUGGCACGGCAAGCUCCUGGCUCAGUUUUCUCGGACCUGGCGCUAUAGCAGUGGAGCGAAAGCUAUACACUGCCGGGGACACCACACCGUGAGUCGACUCGCGGCUGACAUUGCCCGUGCAGCGACAUCAGCUCAUCAGUAUCCACGGCGACAGGCUAUGUCGAGCAUGACAUCGCCAUCGUCGGCACGACGCGUGGACCUGAGGUCGGACACGGUGACUGAGCCGACCGAGGACAUGCGCCAGGCAAUGCUGAGUGCACCGGUGGGUGACGACGUGUACGGUGAUGACCCAUCAGUUGACAAACUUCAGAAGACCGCGGCCAAGAUGUUCGGAAUGGAGAAGGCCUUGUUCGUUCCGUCGGGCACGAUGGGAAAUCUCAUUUCACUGAUGGUGCACGGCUGGCAGCGGGGUUCAGAGGUCCUGCUCGGUGACCGCUGCCAUAUUCUAGAGUACGAACAAGGCGGCAUUGCGCAGGUGGCCGGCAUUCAUCCCAGGGCAGUGAAGACCCUGGCCGAUGGCAGACUUGACCUGGACGACCUUCGCUCCAAGGUGCGCGCAGACGACGUGCAUUACCCCGUGACGUCGGCAAUCUGCCUGGAGAACACGCACAACCUGUGCGGCGGUCGUGUGCUGAAGCCGGAUUUUAUUGCGGAGACGAGUAAGGUUGCCAAGUCUCUCGGCAUACCGCUUCACGUCGAUGGUGCACGGAUCUUCAAUGCCGCUGCCGCACUGCACGUUCCCGUGUCAGAGUUGCUAGUUGGCGUGGACAGUGUUAGCGUCUGUCUCUCCAAGGGCCUUGCAGCUCCUGUCGGCUCGGUGAUUGCCGGCUCGGAGGAAUUCAUCCGCAAGGCGAUCCGUGUCCGCAAGCUGCUUGGCGGUGGACUGCGGCAGGCCGGAGUGUUGGCUGCACCCGGCCUGAUUGCACUAGAGGUCAUGUCAAAGAGACUGCACAAGGAUCACAUCCUUGCAAAACACUUAUCAGAAGGCUGCCACUCCAUGAAAGAGUUGGGUCUAGAUUCCAACCCGGAGGUGACGGAGACCAAUAUUGUGUUUUUCACCGUGGACAAAGCGGUGUGUGGGUAUAGCGCCGGAGAGCUGGUCGACAUUCUUGACAAGGAGGACCCCUCUGUGGCGGACGAGAGCGGAAAGCGGUUCCUGCUCUUAGCCUUCAGCGACACGCUGAUCCGCGCCAUCGUACAUUAUCAGAUUGGCCCGGCCGACAUCGAGGCGUUCCUGGUCCGUCUUAGACGCACGCUGAGCUGACGGUGAUUCUGGGUAUUAUAUGCCGGCAGUGGUUCAUGACCUUGAAAUGCGACGUAUACCGACUGCAGUGCUCCGGCUGAGCGCACGGGAUGCCAUCGAACCUAUUUCGGAUGACCGCAGCUCCGGAUAUAGUUUCUCUCUGGUACCGCAUGCACUGAGCACAAACCUGUGGCAUGUGUCACCAGGACUAAGAGAUCAGUGGCGGCGUGAGAAUGGCUGUUCUGGCUAUCCCACUCUACACGGUGUACACCCCCCUGGCCACCAGGCUACGUGUUCGUGUGCUCCACCUGUAUGAUGUUCAGACCGGACGGAGGUCAGUCAGACACGGCAGGUUUGUAUGGGUAAAAUUGCCCACCAGGCCAGGCAUGUAGACACUCUAAAGGAGCUCAUACAGUUUGAAUGUGGAUCUUUAUGGACUGUGGAAUUUUGUUUCAAUUCUCAAUUUUUGUUAAAGUAUUGUAUGUAUUUGCCUAUAUUUAGUAAUAAUUAUUAGCCUCUCUCCCCCCCCCCCCCCCCCCACCCCCGGUUCCCGAAGGUAUUUUUAUUGAAUAUGUUUUUUAAAUAUUUCUUCAGACUUUUCCCAUAUCAGCUCACUCAAACUUCUGAGGAUCUUUUUAUAAAAAAUUAUUCGCUUCUGAAUGGCAAUGCCUCUCAUUGCCUGAUAUGAAUGGCCAGUCUCAGCAGCAGUAUUUCCAGUCUUUAAUAGCAGCAAGACAGAACACAUGGAAGAGAAACCUGGGUAGUGAUUACCUUCUGGUCCAGGCUUCGGUGCGCACCUGUCACUGUAUUGUACUUGUUUUCUUCAUUUGGCUGCUCAGUGUCAGUUUUCAUGGCUGCCAUGGCUGCAGUGGAGUGGUA